AUGAGCUGGACCUGCCCUCGCUGCCAGCAGCCCGUGUUCUUCGCUGAAAAGGUGAGCUCCCUGGGUCAGAACUGGCAUCGAUUCUGCCUGAAAUGUGAGCGCUGCCACAAUGUCCUGGCUGCGGGUGGACACGCCGAGCAUAAUGGAAAGCCAUAUUGUCACAAACCAUGUUAUGCAGUUCUCUUUGGACCCCUGGGGCUCAAAGCUGGCGGGGUGGGCUCCUACAUGGAAGAUCUUCCCCACCCUCCAACCGUGACCCCCAUCACCACUAUGCCCUUGACUACUGGCAGCUUCAGUCCACCCAGGAGCCGGACAGGCCUCCCUCAGGCCAAGAGGUCAAGGAGGAGCCCAACACAGGUGAAGACGUAUGCUGGUGAGACAUCCUUGUGUCCUGGCUGUGGGAACCCUGUUUACUUUGCUGAAAAGGUGAUGUCCCUGGGCAGGAACUGGCAUCGGCCCUGUCUCCGAUGCCAGCGCUGCCGAAAAACCCUAACAGCAGGGAGCCACGCAGAGCAUGAUGGUUUCCCGUACUGCCACAUCCCUUGCUACGGAUACCUGUUUGGGCCCAAAGGUGUGAACAUUGGUGACGUGGGCUGCUACAUCUAUGACUCUUUAGAGCUGAAAUCGGACUGAGAGGCUAACAGAGGAAUCGUGUCCCCUGUCCUGGGUCCCGUCCAGACCCUCCCUAUCCCCCGAGUUGAACCAGAGGGGCAGCCAUUUCCAUCCUUUCACGCUGGACGGGGCUGAGUGUUCCAGGUAGCCUCCAGGCUUCAUCCCCCAUUCCCUGCCCUGGCUGGUGGUUUACGCUUCGUCCCACACGGAUGCUGGAGGGGUGGAGGGUGGCAAUACAGGAGGGAGGAGAGGAAGCCCUUCCUCUUCCUCUAAAACUCAGCGUGUUCCUCAGAUGUCGGCUUCAAACCGACCCGAGUUCAUGAGGAGGAACUGGGGAGGAGAGGAAUCAUGCAGGCACUGCCCUGGUGGCACUGCCAUGCCCUCCCUCCAUUGACGUCAAGGAGCGGCCACCUUCUUUGUCUGUGGGUAUCCUUGUCCUUCUAACGUUCACCCUUUGACGUUCACCCAAUAAAAGCGUUUGUUCUUUUGGUCUCGGCUCCCCUUCUUUUGGCAUUAGGCCUGGGCAUCUGGGGCAUGGGGUGGGGCACAGCAGGGGAGGACUGGUUGGGAGAGGGAGAUAGGAAGAAGCCUACUGAGCUCCCCUCCCUCUUGUGAUGCCAGGGAGGGAGUGUGAGUCAGCCACGUCCGUCCAAUACAAGAGAGUCCCAGAGAGCCUUACUUUCUGGGGGCCAACAGAGCAUCCCAGACCCUACAGCUGUCUCCAGCCUGUCCCCUACCAGAACUGGGGCUGCACCGGGGCUUCUCGAGGCAUCAGACAGGGCUGUGGCUGUCCCCAGCAACCUCCCCCCCUCCUCAGAUGACCAGAGCCCUCACGGCACCGGGUCUUAGACUUUCCAAGACUCUCGGCCG